AUGACUUUAUGUAAUGCUGCUCCAGCUGUUUGUCGAACAUGCGCGAAUGGAUGUAACGAUACCGACGCAGAUUAUCUAAUUAACAACGAGUCGAAUAAUAUAAGUCGAGUGAAACGAGAAUCUUCUGUCGAACAACAUCUUUGUAAACCGUUCCAACUUGAAAUUAUUUUAAUUCCGUUAUCAAUUGCGAUGAUCCCAGUGGCGCUAUGCACAUUGCUUCUUUGUACUUGCUUUUGUGGACCAAAAGAGUCCAGAGGAAAACUACCAAAACGACUAACAAAAGAAAAUCGUAAAGGCGAUAGGGAAGAAAUUGACGAUAUGGAGCUUACUUGUAGAGACGGCGUAAUAAUGCGAAAAGACAGCAGUCGAACUCGCUUUAGUACAGCGAUUUCAUUUAUCGAAGCCCAUUGCAUUAGUACCGAUAUUGUUGGCCAGCAGUCGGAAAACUCUGUUUCUAUGCAACCGUUUGGAUGUACGAUGUCGGUAUCUGAGGCCAUUGAAAUUAAUGCUGCUAUAAAUAAUCGAAAUAAUCCUUCUUCUAAUGAUGCUCCACAUGGUGCUGAGGAAAAUCCGCAUGAAAAUCUACCUCGAAAGACAAGCCUGAAGAGAAUUCGAUUUGCAGAUAUUCCUGAUAUUACGGUGAAGGAUACACAAUGA